CGCCUCCGCCCCUGGCAGCCUGAACACGUGGGGCGCGGGCUCGGGGGAGGGGAGGAGGGGACCCUCCCUCUGCGGGUGGAUUUCGCUAGUCUUACCACCCGCCCCAGGCCGGUUCAGGAGCUAGGCACGCAGCGCCGUCUCCAGCCGGGGAAAUUCGGCGGCUCUCCCGCAGCCCUGCGCUCUAGAACCCAAACGCAGCAGGGGGACAACUAAGGUGGCGUUUGCAGAGUGCGGAGGCAAUACUUGACGCGGCUAUUCGGUUGUUCUAGCCUGCAACUGCUGAAGAAGGUGCUUGGUGCUUGGGUAUCAGAGACAUGAAUUACGCACGGUUCCUCACCGCGACGAGCGCAGCAAGAAAGCCUUCUCCUAUACGAAUCUGGACUGAAAUAUUGAGCAGGGCACCGAAAUCAGUCAUCUCCUUGGCUACUGGAUCACCAAAUCCGAACACGUUCCCUUUUAAGACUGCUGUUAUCACUACAAAACAAGGCAAUACCAUCCAGUUUGAUGAAGAGGUGAUGAAAAGAGCACUUCAGUAUUCUCCAAGUGCUGGAAUCCCAGAGCUGUUGUCCUGGCUAAAACAGUUACAAGUAAAAUUGCAUAAUCCUCCCACCAUCCAUUAUCCAUCCAGCCAAGGACAAAUGGACAUAUGUGUUACAUCUGGCAGCCAAGAAGGUCUUUGUAAGGUGUUUGAAAUGAUCAUUAAUCGCGGAGAUAAUAUCCUCCUAAAUGAACCUGCUUAUUCAGGAACACUUCAAGCUCUGCUACCACUGGGCUGCAACAUUAUUAAUGUUCCCAGUGAUGGAUGUGGGAUUAUUCCAGACUCCCUCAAAGAAGUACUUUCCAGAUGGAAACCAGAAGAUUCAAAGAACCCCCAGAAAAACACCCCCAAAUGUCUUUAUACUGUCCCAAAUGGCAACAACCCUACCGGAAACUCAUUAACAAGUGACCGCAAAAAGGAGAUCUAUGAGCUCGCAAGAAAAUAUGAUUUCCUCAUAAUAGAAGAUGAUCCUUACUAUUUUCUCCAGUUCAACAAGCCCUGGACACCAUCCUUUCUUUCCAUGGAUGUUGACGGGCGUGUCAUCAGAGCGGACUCUUUUUCAAAAAUCCUCUCCUCUGGGUUGAGAAUAGGGUUUAUCACUGGUCCAAAACCCUUGGUAGAGAGAAUUGUUUUACACACACAAGUUUCAACAUUGCAAACCAGCACUUUUACACAGCUUCUGGUAGCACAGCUUCUACACCAAUGGGGAGAAGAGGGCUUCCUGGCACAUGUAGACAGGGUUAUUGAUUUCUAUAGGAACCAGAAGGAUGCAAUAUUGGCAGCUGCAGACAAGUGGUUAAGUGGUUUGGCAGAAUGGCACGUUCCUACUGCUGGAAUGUUUCUAUGGAUUAAAGUUAAGGGCAUUUAUGAUGUAAAAAAAAUGAUUGAAGAAAAAGCCAUUAAGAAAGAGAUAUUCUUCAUUUCUGGAAGUGAUUUCUACAUUGAUAGCUCCACUCCUAGCCCUUACUUAAGAGCGUCCUUCUCUUUGGCUUCUCCAGAACAAAUGGAUACAGCCUUCCAGAGAUUAGCCCAACUUAUAAAAGAAUCUUUAUGAAGACAUAAAACACAUCAUAGUACUCAUAGAUUUUUUUCAGAUAAAUUAUUUCUAUGGUUUGUCAGGAAGAAAUGAUCAUUGAUGUUAAACAGGUUGGAUUUCAUCAAAUAUGUCAUUUCUGUAGUAAUUUAACUAGACAACUUUUAAAAUGCCCUUAAAUCCACCAGAUUGCCAAAAUAUGUUUAUAAUCCACUUAUACCUUUUGAUAAAUUUUCAGCUUGCAAAAUAAAUUAUUUUUAGAUGGGAUUUUAUUGUAAAGAACUCUGUAGUUGCUUUAUAAUUUUCCACAAAUUUUCUUUGAAACUAACGUUUUACAGUAAAUUAUUUCAAAAAUGUAAGAAAAUAAUUAAGUUCAAAUGGUAUAUAAUGUGAACUAUUUUCUAUUUUUUAGGAAAUUUUAAUGAAAGAUUGUUGCAAAGAUUAUUAAAAUUUGACCAUUAUAAAUGAUUUUCAGUAAAAAUACCACAGACCUUAUGUUAUGCCAUAGAAAUCCCUUUAAAAUAAAGUUCUGAAACUAAAACAUACCUGAAGGCAUCAGAUCUAUUAAGUCUAAGGAGAGAUUGAAACUUAGAAAAAUUUACUACACUGCCUUUUCAUACUACACAAUUUACAAAACCACAUUCUUACCAGUUAUGUAAUUUAAAUCCACCUUUGAGGUACUUAGGAUAUACUUUUUAAAUUAUUUUCUUUGUCACCUUUCAAGAGGUUUAUUUUUCCCAUGUGAUUAACAAAGUAACAUAUGCUCACUUUAAAUGUUUCAAACAACCCAGGAAACACAAGGAGUAAAGGAAAAGCCACUUGAUGUCCCACACUCUCCCCUUAAUAAUUGCUGUCAGCAUUUAUCAUUCAUCCUUUUGGAUGUUUUUCUGUGCAUAUACAUGUAACAUGUAAAAGAAUAAGAUCUCAUUAUAAUAGUGUAUCAUAAAUACCCUGUAUAAGUUUUCCACAGCUGUGUAAGAAAUUGCUAUAGUGUUCCAAGAUCCAGUAAUUGUAAAGUUAGAAGCUGCUCUGAGAAAUUAGGAAAUUUAUAUCUUUGUCUGUUAUGCCAUCUUUUGUGUAUACAAACAUCUGCAUCAUAGAUAGUUAUUAUUUUCCUGGCUUCUAGAUGAGACGUUAUAUCUUCCAACAGUUGAAGUUCGUGAGCAAAAAUCUCACCUCAGAGUUCAAAUCAGCUGGUUCAAAGCCCAAGUUCUUUUUUCUAAAGCAACCAGUGGAGAAACGCAGAGCCUGGAGGAGGCCUGAGAUGCGGAACCUGAGAUAAAAAGAGGAAAGUAUAAAUUAGAGAGAUUAAUAAAAGUAAAAUAAGACUUCCACUUACUUUAUUCAGUAGUUUUCAACAAUAACUAAAAUUGCUUAGCCAUGCACUAUAUAAAUGAGUGCCUUGUUUUGUUGUUUGUUUGUUGUUUUUUAAGUCACCAACAUAGAAUAGUUGAUUUAUAAGUUCAUUUAUUAUCCCCAAUUUUCAUGCAGGAGAUUGCCUGUGAGCUCAAUCUAUAGAAAUCUGUAUCUUCCAAGAACAACUGAGAGUGAGAGAAAGGCAGUGAAAGAACACAGGCGAUGAUAAGGCUGCCCUUUAUUACUGGAUGUUCUUUUUUUUUUUAAUCCACUUUUUUAAAGCAGUAUAAAACUGGAGCCUUGCUUGCUGUCACUGCCAUUGUGAAUUUUUCCAGCUUUUUCAGAAAGCAACUUGGCAGUAUUGAGAUACAUUAAAAUGUUUACAGUCUUUAACACAAUGUACUGUGGAUUGACUCACUUGGCAUAAAUUCUAAUUUCCUUCCUGAGACUUUGAGCGCUGCAAAAGUAAAAUACUGCAUUUUGAGAUGCCCCUGCAGCAACAGUUCCAGGUAUGAUUUACGUUCUGUCAUUCAGAUGCCUGGAUUCAGAACUGAGUUAAGAGGGAAGUGAGGCAUCCAUUUUGCUGGCAUAGCUGAGGCAGCAUGAUUUUGCAGCAAGCAGUUUCUUGAUUUGGUGGUUUCUGCUUCUGCCAAAAUGAAAUUUUGGAGCUAGCGAUGAAUUGUUCCUGGAAGCUCCGUCUACUUUCUCAGCCAUUCCAACAAUUUUGGAAACCACAGAGUACAUAAUCAUAAACACGUUUUGCUUUAACCAGGUAGAGGAGUACCCAUUAUCGGCAACUGAAUGCCAACCAGGACAGGGGUUGGUUCCCUGUAAGGAGUCAGAAGACUCAGAAGUUGUGUUCACAGGUACAGUUUAUUACAGGAAAAGAGUAUAGUAAGAUCUCAAAGGGAAAAUGUGCAUAGGGCAAAGUCUGUCAG